CAUAGGAACCAAUGUAACCAGAGAGGUUGUUUUCCACCGGACGAUGUCAUGUGGCACCACUGGUCCCAUCUUGGUUUGAGAGUGAAGGGAGAGCAAAGCAAAACGUCCAUAUUACCGCUGCUUUGUCAGCACUUCUCACGGUGAUGGACCCUCCUGGUGGGGGAGAUGAACGGCGGAGACAGGCAGAGCGUCUUCGACGGGAGGAGGCAUACUAUCACUUCAUCAAUGAACUGAGUGAGGAGGAGUAUCGCUUAAUGAGAGACAGCAACCUGCUUGGCACCCCUGGGGAGGUGACUGCUGAGGAGCUCAGGCAGCGUCUGGAUGGUGCAAAGGAGCGCAUGUCAUCUCAGCCUCGUACUGAGCAGCGCUCGCAGACUGCUGAUGCUGGAGAGCAGCAGGGAAGCAGUGCUGAGGGAGAGGAGAGAGGUGCUGGAGGAAGACGGCCAGGAGGCACAGAGCCCGGAGCAGAAACUUCAAAUGGUGAUUCAUUACUAGAGUGGCUGAACACUUUCAGACGCACCGGUAAUGCCACUCGCAGUGGGCAGAGCGGCAACCAAACAUGGCGUGCUGUCAGCAGGACAAACCCUAACAGUGGAGAAUUCCGCUUUAGCCUGGAAAUCAACAUCAACCACGAUCAGCCAGAGCCAGGCGAGCAUAAUGAAACUGCGGACACUGCAGAGGUUCCGGUGCCUGGCCCAAACACAACGCCACCUUCAAUACGCACGGCGUCCUCUUUUUCCAACCCUCGACCUUCAACUACACCGAGACCAGCCCCGUACCCAACCCCACGGCCAGCCCUCAGCAGGAGGAUGCAGACACGGCGCACACGCAGCAGCAGUACCACUCUUUCCAUGAACCCCCCAGCACUUCCUGCACCAGUUUCCCCUGCUGCUGCUCAAAGGAGGGGUGGGACUUUGCAGUCUUUAGUACCUCCCCUUACUGUCCCCAACCCUACUCUAGAUGAAGCUACAGCUGUGCAACAUCAAGUCCAGAACAUGGAAGUAGAGCAGAUUAAUGAGCAUACGUCUGCUUCUAUAGACUGUCCCCGUGUGUCACCCCAGUCUGGGUCUCAGGCCCCGACAGUGGGACACGAAUCGCGUGCUAGUAGGACUCGAUCACGCGGGCGUGCACGCAGGGCUGCAGCAGGGGCCGUGGUCUCACCCCGCUUAUCAAGGCGGAGCCGUUCCCCGCUGCACAGAAUACCCAUUGCCAGUACUAGUCCACCAUCAAGCAGUGGUGUCAGUGGCUCUAGCCUGAACACUGUUGAGCCAGGUAGUGGCACAGGCUCUGUUUCCAUGGAAACUAGGGAGACUGUGGCAGAACCUGCAGCUCAAACUGAGUCAGUGGUAGAGACAGGAGAACGUGAGAAUGACUCCCAUGCAACAGGAGCAGGAAGUUCAGGGGUGCGACGCCACCCAACCAUUAUGUUGGACCUGCAGGUGAGAAGGAUCCGACCUGGUGAAAACCGUGACCGGGACAGCAUCGCCAGCAGGACACGUUCCCGUGCCCGCGUUGCUGAGAAUACAGUCACAUUUGAAAGUGACAGUGGUGGAUUUAGACGCACCAUCUCCCGCUCUGAGCGAGCCGGGAUCCGCACCUAUGUGAGCACUAUCCGGAUUCCUCUAAGGCGCAUCAGUGAGACAGGCCUGGGCGAGCCCAACUCCACUGCUCUGCGCUCUAUCUUACGCCAGAUCAUGACUGGAUUUGGAGAGCUGAGCUCUCUAAUGGAGACAGAGGCUGACUCUGAAACUGUCGCACCUAGCCACACAGAUGCUGGUGGAAUAAAUAGUAACACCAACGCAGCCAGUCAUCUUCAUACAAAUGAGAACGUAGCUGGUCAGGUUGGUACAGGUGGGGCGGACCAGGAGCGGCCUGGACUGGUCGGGAGUGAGGGAGACCAGAGUGGGCAGGCCAGGCAUGGCGGAGCGGUCGUGAGCACCACUGAGGGUCGGGCCACCAGCAGAGACACCAACAACCUGGUAGAAAAUGGUACUCUACCCAUCCUGCGGCUGGCACACUUCUUCUUACUCAGUGAUGAAGAGGACGAUGAACACCCCAGGGGCCUGACUAAAGAGCAGAUUGACAAUCUAUCCACUCGUACCUACGGCCAGGCCAGCCUGGAGGGAGAGAUGGGUCGUGCGUGCAGCGUCUGUAUCAAUGAAUAUGCCCAAGGCAACAAGCUGCGCCGCCUACCCUGCUCUCAUGAGUUUCACAUCCACUGCAUCGACCGCUGGCUCUCUGAAAACAACACUUGCCCCAUCUGCAGGCAGCCCAUUCUGGCUGUGCAUCAUGACUGACCUAUUUGCUCAAAAAUACAUCUAUCGUGUUCCUGGCUGGCUGAACUGAGCAGACCCAUGUGGGAAUUGCAUGUACAUAGCGCCUUCAUGGUUUAAUUUCUUUGAAAAUGUCUGAAGUGUUGAGGAAGGAUGAACCAAAAGUGAAAAAAAAAAAGAAACUAUAAAUGCAGAGAAUUAAUAAAACUUUAUUUUUUUAGACUCUUUGUUUCAGCAAGUUAAUGUUUUAUUUCUUCUUUCUGAAACCGUCUUCACCGCUCUCUGUCACAAAGCCUCAGAGGCGCCUGACAACGGGAAGGCAUUAAUGCUUAAGGAGCUCCUGUAGCCGCUGCUGACUUGUCUCACUUAAACGCUUUGAUGUCCGUUACAUGUGACGUCUCUUUGUCACAGCUGGACUACACUAAUCCCUUCUAGACUUGAUUUAUUAUUCCUAAACUGUAAAUAAUCCAUCACUGCUUGUAAUUAAGGGUUUUGAACCAAGGCGCUCCUUAGAUGCAGAUUGUUUAGAGUGGAAGAAAGAUUCUUUCAGUUAUUUUAUUCACCGUUUUAAAGCUUCGACAUCCAUUUUAAAGUGUCCCUUAAAUAUUUGAUUAAGUGGGAUGUGUUUGAGCUACGUGUUUAAUUUGAAGUAAGUUUUAUUCUGUACAUUUAUUAUUGUUUGUUUAUUGAGCCUCAUCAUACACUUGUCAUAUUUUAUUGCAAUACAGAAUUCAUCCAUGAGAGUUAUCAACUAAAACCAGCCACUCAAAAUAAUUUCCCAUGUUACCGUCGCAAAUCAGAUGAAAUGCUGAAGGCAUGUGAUAAUCAGGAAUUCAGAGGUGUAAUUUAGUAUGAGUUGUGCAAUACAGAAAGAAGAGACAGUAUUGUUUGUUUUACUGUUCAUUGUUGUUUACGUUGUAAUGCCUGAUUGUCAUCUUCACUUUAAAAAACAAAGCUUUGUUUACCCUGAAAUCAAUGUUUCCACUUGGUUCCUGUUGCUUUUUCAGAUCCAUACCUUCCCGGUCCUCUGGGAUUUAUUGCACAAAGUAAUCUAGCUUAGUUAGCUUGUUAUGUCUGCCGAGCAAAAACCUUAAACUUUGUGUUAAAAAUGUUUUAAGUUUUUGCAGAUUCCAGCCAACUCUGAACUCCGUCAUCAGACAGGAGCUGGAACAUGCUGCAGCCAGUUUAGUUAAAUUGAGAAUUAUUUUUUAAUUUCAGUGCAAUGGUCACAGUCUAUUUCAGCUCCAGUCACGGGCUCUGAAUGAGGCAGUGUAAUUAAUAUACUCCUGCUUGCUCUCUGGUUGUUUUUACAUAACAUGCACAGAUAUUGGUAUUUAUAGUGUAGCAUAGGAUGAUCAUUGAGCUCGACCACUGUCAGUGUGUUGCCACCAGGGUCACUUUGUGCAUCAACAACACUAAACAGGAGCUACAACAUCUCUGCAGAUUACAUGUCACAAAUGCAACUGCAGGAAUAAUGCAGUAUAUGUCAGAAUGGGUGAGAGUGGGAUAAGUGAUUUUCUUUUUGAGGGUGGGGGGGGGGGUAAUUGUGUGUGCAUGUGAGAUUGUUAGGGUGCUGAAGGAAAGACCCAGUGUCCCAAAACCUGGUUUUCAGAGAGCUUAUGUUAAACUGAUGUCCACUUGAAAGACCCGAAGAGGGUUGUGGCCAAUCGGUUUAGAAGUGAAUAUUUAUUCUGUUCCUAUUUAAUAAGAUGGGAAUCAACUUUUGAAAUAUGAAUAUGUAUUAUGUUACAAUGUGAUGAGUAAAUGAAACAGUUAAGACAUAUGUUACUAUGUAAUAAAAUGAAGAUAUGGGUUUUCUUCUUUGCUCCUUAACAAUGGAAUAAAAUGCAGCUUUGUUA